UGGUGGUUAAUAAUUCCCACUCCCAUCGUUUCUAAAUACGGUUAUACAAAAUCAAUUUGUAGAUUUAGGUUUUGUUCGCCGGCGACGUCAAAUGGAAGCUCAUGGUCGUGGUUUCCGGCGAGUCUUGGUGCUAGCAUUUUGCGUCGCCGGUAUUUGGUCCGCCUAUAUUUACCAAGGUGUUCUUCAAGAAACUCUGUCGACCAAGCGAUUUGGUCCAGAUGGGAAGAGGUUUGAGCACCUUGCAUUCCUCAACUUGGCUCAAAAUGUGAUCUGUUUGAUCUGGUCUUAUAUAAUGAUAAAGCUUUGGUCGAAAAACGCCGGCGGUGCUCCUUGGUGGACAUAUUGGAGUGCUGGCAUUACGAAUACAAUUGGUCCGGCCAUGGGUAUAGAAGCUUUAAAGUACAUAAGUUACCCCGCUCAGGUUCUGGCAAAAUCCUCUAAAAUGAUUCCAGUUAUGCUGAUGGGUACGCUAGUUUAUGGUAUACGAUAUACUUUUCCUGAGUAUGUUUGUACUUUGCUUGUUGCUGGAGGAGUAUCUAUGUUUGCACUCUUGAAGACUAGCUCAAAGACUAUUAGCAAGCUGGCUCAUCCAAAUGCACCUCUUGGUUAUGGGCUUUGUUUCCUGAACCUUGCAUUUGAUGGAUUUACAAAUGCUACUCAGGAUUCAAUAACUGCUAGGUAUCCAAAGACAAGUGCUUGGGAUAUAAUGUUGGGAAUGAAUCUAUGGGGUACAAUAUACAAUAUGAUCUACAUGUUUGGUUGGCCGCAUGCUAGCGGAUUUGAGGCCAUUCAGUUCUGCAAGCAGCAUCCAGAGGCAGCCUGGGACAUAUUUUUCUAUUGCCUCUGCGGUGCAGUGGGGCAGAAUUUCAUCUUUCUAACUAUAAGCCGAUUUGGCUCCCUCACUAACACCACCAUCACCACAACCCGCAAGUUUGUGAGCAUUGUGGUGUCUUCUCUGCUUAGUGGGAAUCCCUUGUCAUCAAAGCAAUGGGGGUGUGUAUUCAUGGUGUUCUCUGGAUUGUCAUACCAGAUAUACUUGAAGUGGAAGAAGUUGCAGAGAUCGCAGAAGAAGAGAAAGCCCAUGUGAAGAGAAGAGGGACUAACAAUUUUGAACUUUAUAUUUAACUUUACCACCUUUUUUUUUUUUUUUUCAUCUUUCUUGACAUAUGAUCAUAGUAACCAUAAGGUUCAAUGAUUCCAAAUUUGAUAAUACCUAGAAAAUUGCUGAAUGUAUUUUAGUAUAUUUUGAAGUUUA